CACAUAUGUUAGCAUCGAUGUUUCUCCACCUCUAGCCUGCAACCGACGCGGACAUUAGAAGAAACUUAGUAAAUUAAUUAAUUAACCAUCUAGUGCAGAAAUCACACCCAACGUACAUGGAUAAUGCCGAAAAAGACUGAAUUCCACACCGCGCAAGUGCAAGUGCAAUAAACGCCGAGCUCGGCGACUAAAGAACGCAAUAUAGAAAAAGUGAGACCCACACAAAAAACUGAAUUCACUGUUGUGUGUAAAUGCAAAUGAUAUAUUUUCGUGCAACAACAACACAGGAGCAGCAGCAGAAAAGGCAAAAAUAACAAAAGCUGAACAUGAAUGUGUGUGCGGGUCGCGUUAAAGAAAAUUAGAUAAAAAGCCAAAUGAAAUUAGCUCACGCCUGAAUUUCGAGUUUCGGCGCAAGGUGAACGUAAAGGCGAAAAGCAAUCAAAACAGUUUUUCCGUUUUCCCAGUGUGCGUGUGCAGUAGACAAACCACCUGCAUUGAUUUAUAGUUAAAAACAGCAACAAAAAAAAACGGAACUUGCACCGAGGAUAUAUACACACAUGCUGACUAUAUGUGUCUGUGUUUGUGCAUGGCCGUAAAGGCUGACUGAUAAAAAAAAAAAACAAGUAAAAUAAAACCCAACAUACACACACACCAACGCAGCGGGGCACCCAUACCAGCACGAUUUCUUGGAGGCAGCCUGCCAUCCAAUCGCACAAGAAAGCCAUUGCCGGAGCCACCGGAAGGGUGCCGAACCUGAACCUGGCGAGGAUUGCAGGGACCCAGAAGAAUUGUAGACACAUUCGUGCCGCCGCGAGAACCCUUCCAAUGUCCAAUAAAAUAAACCCGAAGCGCCGCGAACCGACAGCAGCAGCAGGAGCCGGGGCCACGGGAGUGGCCACCAACACGAGCAGCUCGACUGGGUCCUCCAGUGCCGGGAAUACGUCCUCGGCCAACACAUCCUCGUCGUCCAGCUCGUCACUGUCGUCCGCCGGCGGCGGUGAUGCGGGCAUGUCCGCCGAUCUGACCUCGCUGUUCGAAUGCCCCGUGUGCUUUGACUAUGUUCUGCCGCCGAUCCUGCAGUGCUCCAGCGGGCACCUGGUGUGCGUGUCCUGUCGCUCCAAGCUCACCUGCUGCCCAACCUGCCGCGGCCCGCUGGCGAAUAUCCGCAACCUGGCGAUGGAGAAGGUUGCCUCGAACGUUAAGUUCCCGUGCAAGCACUCCGGCUACGGAUGUACGGCCUCGCUGGUCUACACAGAGAAGACGGAGCACGAGGAGACGUGCGAGUGCCGGCCCUACCUGUGUCCGUGCCCGGGCGCCAGCUGCAAGUGGCAGGGCCCGCUGGACCUAGUCAUGCAGCAUCUAAUGAUGUCGCACAAGAGCAUCACGACGCUGCAGGGCGAGGACAUCGUGUUCCUGGCCACCGACAUCAACCUGCCCGGCGCCGUCGACUGGGUGAUGAUGCAGUCCUGCUUCGGCCACCACUUUAUGCUCGUGUUGGAGAAGCAGGAGAAGUACGACGGCCACCAGCAGUUUUUUGCCAUCGUUCAGCUGAUUGGGUCGCGCAAGGAGGCGGAGAACUUUGUGUAUCGCCUGGAGCUCAACGGAAAUCGACGGCGGCUCACCUGGGAGGCCAUGCCGCGUUCGAUCCACGAGGGCGUGGCCUCGGCGAUUCACAACUCGGAUUGCCUGGUGUUCGACACGUCGAUUGCGCAACUGUUCGCCGACAAUGGCAACCUGGGCAUCAACGUGACCAUAUCCCUGGUCUAAACGCACUGUCAAUUCGCCGAGUUCUUUAUUUUUUUGUGUUUACUUUCCAAUACAUAUAUAUACAUAUAGUUUAUAGCCCUCUGUUCGCAUCAGGCGUUUAACUCUUGGACAGAUCGUGAGAAGGAAGAUUGAGAAGUGAGAGUUUUGCAGAGUUGUUUUAUAAAAAUGAUUCUCUAUUCUAAGAGCCACCUACAUGAAUAUGUAUAUAUAUCUAUGGAAAUAUCGGGGCUGUUUCGAUCUUCACAUUUGGCCAGAUAUCGCAACUUUUUUUCAUCAUUUAUAAUUGGAUAAAACGCUAAAAUAUUUUAACAAGUAAAUGUAAACAUAUUAAAGUUAAUGCCACAGAAGAGAUAUUUAAACCUGUAAAGUCGUGGUAAAAAAAAAAGUAAUUUCCAUCGUUUUUAAAGCUUUCUUAUUAGUUUGAAGAGCCUUGGAUAGGUUAAUUAAAUGUGGCUGUAAGUGAAAAUGCUAAUUUGCCAAAAAAUGUCUAAUACUUCUAUAGAGAUUUCGCGGAUUGAUUUAACAUAGCAACUAUUGUCGAAUGUAAAAAUCGGAGCAGUCCUGUAUGUUUGUAUGUCUAGACGGUUCGAUUGGUACUCUAGUUCUAGGACUUGAUUUUUCAGUUACCGCACACACUAUAUUUCAACAUUUUCGUGUUACCCGUUUUGUAAGCUCGUGGGGUUCUGCUUUAGUUUAAUUUAGUUCGUAAGGGCCACACACCUGGAGCAGAGCUGCCUGCGCGUGCCCACGUGCCCACCACCCACUACCUACUACCCGCUACAGUGAACACUGAGUACACAGACCCACUCACCACAACAGCAGCGGCAAGAACAUGAAAAAAAGCGAAGAAGAGAAGGUCACUCAUCACACUCGAUCAUGUACUGCAAAGUCUAGUUUAGUUAAUGUAAAUUAUUUUAUACAAUACUUGUAAAUGGUAAUAAGUAAACGAACAGUAUAACGAAAUUAACAAACCUAAUAACAAUAACAAUAGCAGCAAGAGCGAAACAACAAAGAAAAGUAAUAUCUGAUAGCGAUAAUCUGUAAUAACUCGAGAGUUGUUUGAGAGUUGCAGCCUAAACGAAACUGCGACCCGCAAUUUUGUUCAUGCCAAACCAUCACAAAAUAACGAAUAACUAAACAAAAAAAAAAAACGAAAUAUUUUUUUCGCAAUGCUAAAAAGACAGAGUUGCCCCUCCCCACUUUCCCCUCCCAUCUCGAAACGUAAAAAAAGCAAUGUUAAUGUUUAAAUUUCCAACUAGUUUAGACGAUCUCCCCGGUCCGGCUCAUGUUUUGGUUUUGAUUUCUUACCGCCAGCGUUUCCCAAUUGAAAACGGAAGAAAAAUAAAUGAUUUUAAGCAUCUGCACCGUAAUUAGCUUUUAAUGCGCCGAUUUACCGCGCCACUACCAUACGAGAUCACUCACACAGACACAAAACUACAGAAGUGAAAUAAACGUGAUUAGUAAAAGUAAAAAA